CACCUACAUUCCAAAAGCAAAAAAAAAAAAAAAAGAAAAAAAAAUCACCACCACCGCCUCCGUCUCCAUCGCCGCUAUCAACACCACCACAGCGGUGGAGCCAAUACUCCUGUCUACUUUUUAGGGAGAUACAGUAAAGGGCGUAUUAAUAUAAUAGCAAGGGUUUUUAUAAUAAUGAGAUAGACAUGGUGGGUUUAAGUAUACUUUUGGAAGCACAGCAGAAGCAGCAGGUUGGUUUUGCUAAUAAUAAUAAGAAGAAAACUCCACAGGUUAUCAACAAAGCUACUUUGAAUAUGAUGAUGAUCAAUAAAUUGCCUUCUCCUUUACCUUCUUCAACUUCUUUGUCUUCCCUUUCAUCUUUUAAACCCCCAACUUUUUUGGAACAUUGUUUUCUUUGUGGACAGAAACUCUUGCCUGGCAAAGACAUCUACAUGUACAAGGGAGACAGAGCUUUUUGUAGCGUGGAGUGCAGGUGUAGACAGAUAUUUACGGACGAGGAAGAGACUUUAAGGAAAGAAAAUUGUUCAUUUGCUGCCAUGAAACCAACCUCUACGUCUGCUGCUACUGCUCCUCCUUCUUCUUCAACUUCGGCUUCUCGUCACAGCAAAAGCACCAGAAACAGAGCGGGUGGUUUUGCAUAUUGAGAGAGAGGGAGAGAGAGCAGGAACUGAAAAACAUGAGUUAUCUUUUUUCUUUAAUAAUUUUGUUUCAGUUUUUACCCUUGUGUCUUUUUUGUAAUGACGUUCGUAUCUGUCUUUGUCAAUCGGUUUUGCUACCUGGUAUGAAGCCAAUAGGGCAUUUAAAAUCUUAGCCCGCGUAUCUAUACCUAUAUGGGUGCCCAUUGUUUUUGCAUUGUGGCUUUAGUUAAUUAGGAGGAUUAGUUUAGCUUUAAUCUAGUUCAUUGAUUAUGAUUAUUACUAAUGUGUUCUUGUCUUGUUUUUCAAACAUUUUGUUAAGUUAAAUCUUAAGGGUUCAUGAGA